GCUACAGAUACUGGAACGAGACCGACUCAGAAAAACUUUUAAAAGCUUUCAAAAACUAAGUGAAGAAACCCAGUGCUUUCAAGAUGCCAAGAUCUUUUCUUGUGGAUUCCUUGAUUUUGAGGGAGAACAGCGAGAAAGGAAGAGAGAACAGCCCGCCGUUAUUUCCGUACGCCGUGCAUCCUUCUCAUCCUCUCCACAGCCUUUCCGCAGGCUCCUGCCACGCUCGCAAAGCGGGUUUGUUGUGCUUUUGCCCGCUGUGCGUCACGGCUUCGCAGCUGCAUCCGUCGCCUCCAGCGCUACCGCUCAUCAAGGCUUCCUUUCCUGCCUUCGGCUCCCAGUACUGUCACUCCGCGCUGUCCAGGCAGCACUCAACUUCUGGCGGUGUAAACCUCAGCAGCGGCUCGGGGUUAUACCAAGCAACAUAUCCAAUUCCAGAUCCAAGACAGUUCCACUGCAUAUCCAUAGAGAAUAACAGCAGCCAACUGCAGAGCAGCAAGCGCAUGCGCACCGCGUUCACCAGUACGCAACUCCUGGAGUUGGAGAGGGAGUUCACCUCCAACAUGUACUUGUCAAGACUUCGGCGCAUAGAGAUUGCAACUUACCUCAACCUGUCCGAGAAGCAAGUCAAGAUUUGGUUCCAGAACCGCCGCGUAAAGCACAAAAAAGAAGGCAAAAGCAGCUCCCAUAGGACGGGCUUGCACAACUGCAAGUGCUCGUCGUCCUUAUCCUCCGCCCGGUGCUCUGAGGAAGAGGAUGAUCUGCCCAUGUCACCCCCAUCAUCAGAAAAGGAGGACGCAGAUCUCUCCGUUAGCCCAUGAACUCGUAUUCAUUAUCACAUCAACAGACUCUGUAUGCCACACCUGUGGAAUCUUGAAUGCAGCCAAAAAAGCGACGGCACCUGCGCGCGCCGUCACCUGUAAAUAGCGAGAAACAAGAAAUCCUUUAUAUACUUUUGUGAUCUGCGUAUCCCUUUAAUGUUGUAUAUUUGUCUACAUGUAUUAUGUUUGUAGUUUUUUUCUGAAAACGACUUGUUAUGCCCAUAGUUCCGCAUCCAAAUACCUUUCCUGUCAUCAAAUGUUUUUAAAUCUGUGUAAUCAAAUAGUACACGAUGCAUUUUACAAACAAUUAUUGAACCAACUGUUUUGGAUAAACAAAACUGUUGUUGUUUUGUUUUUUGUUGUUGUUUUUUUGCUUGCAUGGAUGGCUAGUACAGGGUAGCUUAUAAGCACAAUUUUGGGACGGAAAGGAAAUGGAUGUAAGCGGGACGGCGAACACUAACUAAACGUCAAUAAUUUGUUAUUGUACUUUUAUUGUAAUGAGAAUAUUUAUUUAUUUAAAAAUAUUAAUGCUGAAAAUAAAGAA